GACAGGGAAUUUCCAUUGAUGUUAGUUGCGCGUUAUAAUAUUGUCAUUAUUUGUAGAUUUGUUGGUGUAAUCCGGUUUUUCGUGUUGGUUUUAAUUGUUUUACCAUGUAACUAGUGGAAAAAGGUUGUUUAAUCUUGGUAAAUCCGAGAAGUUAGGGGAAUUAAGUGUGCCCGAAUAAGUAGACCGAGAAUUUGUUAAGUUGUCGAGACGCAGUCGGGAAAACCAAUUUGUUUACAUCUCUGUGUCAGUGGAAGCACAAAAGCAGAUGCAAAAUAAAAAUAAGAAAAGAUGUAAAGUGUCAAGAAAAAAAUUCUAUAGAAAUUGCCAUAAAUAUUUUGUUUACAUUGCAAUCGUAGUCAUAUACAUAAACACAAAAGUAAAAACGUUUGCUGUUGGCCAGUGUGCGAUUCCUACUAUUUCGGAUUUGCAAUGUUUUUCCACCUUCGAUAAAUAAAAUUUUCCAAUUCGCUUAAUUGGUGGCUUGACCUUUUAAAGAUUAAUAAUUUUUGUAAGCAAUUUCGGUCUAAUUAAACUACUGCAAUAUAUAAAAUGGCUAAAAUAUCACAUGAAAAUAUUGCAACAUUUCUACUAAACUCCGGCUGCUUUCUGUUCUUAUUGUGUGGCAUUUCGCAGGCACAUCUUAAUGUGUAUCUGAGUCCUCAGGAGGUGAUGCGGCUAUUAGGUGUUUCCGCCGAGGUGUACUAUGUCCGCGAGGGACACGUCAACAACUAUGCUCUGAAUUUUAUUGUACCAGUGCCGGCAAAUGUGCGUGACAUAACUUUCACUUGGCAAAGUCUGGCCGGUCGGCCGCUUCCCUAUAGCAUUAAUGUUGUAACUUCACAACCAGAUAUUUUGCCACGGCCAUUCAUGAAUAUCUCACAAAUCGGUGAAAUACCAACCAACGUACAAACGUUUGCCAUUGGCCUUAAAUGUUCGGGUACACGCGACUCCGAAGUAGACGUUACAAUAUCCGUUGAGGUUAUACUUAAUCGUGCCCUCAGCAAUGUUACUCAUUUAGUUUUUCGGCGAAAAAAAAUUUGUCUGCUGGCCGAACAAGAGGAAGAAAAUAUAGUGCAUGGGCCGGUAUUGUUAGAAACUGCUGUCCCGCCUCCGACAGGCAUAUUGACCCUCAUUGUGGGAAGCUCUUUGGCCUUGGCUCUUGUCAUUAUACUUCUAUUAACGGCAUAUUGUGUGCGACGCUCGGCGAAACGUCAAAAUCAUGGCCAACCCAUGCGCACAUCGAGCUUCCAGCGUCUCAAUACAAGUGCGCCUUGUCAGCAGCCAGCUAUCUAUAAUGGUGCAUCAUCCGUAAUGGCGCCCAUUCAUAGCUCGUUGCCACGCAAGGUGGAGCAUCAGCAACCGGAAGAGUUACAUAGACGUAUAUCAGAGUUGACUGUGGAACGUUGUCGAGUGCGCCUCUCCAAUCUACUGCAAGAGGGCACAUUUGGUCGCGUUUACCGUGGUUCUUAUAAUGACAACCAAGAUGUGCUGGUAAAGACGGUAGCUCAACAUGCUAGUCAAAUGCAAGUAUCCCUCUUGCUGCAAGAGGGCAUGUCGCUGUAUGGUGCUUCCCACCAGGGUAUUCUUUCGGUUUUGGGUGUUUCUAUUGAAGACCAUACCACGCCAUUUGUUCUCUAUUCAGCACCGAAUACUACUCGCAAUCUGAAGCUGUUCCUCCUUGAGCCGUCUUGCGCACGCACCAUAACCACCAUUCAGAUAGUCAUGAUGUCCACACAAUUGGCGCUGGCUCUAGUACAUUUGCACAGCCAUGGUGUAGUACAUAAGGAUAUAGCAACAAGGAAUUGUGUCAUUGACGACCAAUUGCAUGUGAAGUUAUCGGAUAGUUCCCUUUCACGCGAUCUCUUUCCGGCAGACUACAAUUGCUUGGGAGAUAGCGAAAACCGACCAGUGAAAUGGCUCUCUCUAGAAGCGUUACAGCAUAAACAGUUUUCGGAAGCGAGUGACUCUUGGGCGUUCGGCGUAUUGAUGUGGGAGUUAUGCACAUAUGCAAAGCAACCUUAUUCGGAAGUCGAUCCUUUCGAAAUGGAGCAUUAUUUGAAAGACGGUUAUCGAUUAGCGCAACCUUUUAAUUGUCCCGAUGAGCUCUUCACAAUUAUGGCCUACUGCUGGGCACUAUUACCAGGUGAACGUCCUUCCUUUGCUCAGUUGAAUGCCUGUCUCUCCGAGUUUUAUGCACAGGUGACACGAUUCGUAUAAAAUCGAAAAGGAGCACUUAGCCAAUAUUUGACUGUACUAUUUCUUCCCUACUCAAAUCCAUAGACAUUUCCAUGCUAUUAUUUACACACACAAACAACUACAUGUAAGCGCACAUAGAUAUUUACCUAGAAUAAAAUUGUGAGAUUGCCAAAUUAUAUACACUACUAUUUAUUAAAAAUAACAUUGAUUUUGAUUUUAGUGUAUAAAAAGUGCAUAUGUAUUUAGAUAAGUUAGUUAGUUACAUAAAUAUAUAUCAUAAAUAAUUAAGCAAAUAUAAAUUUAUUAUAUUUAUAGUUAGUUAUGAAGAUUCUUUUACGAUUACAUUAUGUAAAAAAGUGAAAGAUUGGGAAAUGAGUAAAGUGUUUCAUUAAUUAAUUAUUAAGAUAUACUAUAUAUGAAUUGUAGAUUAAUUGAGCAUGAAAUUUUUUUCAAUUUUUGCAAAUGUGAAAUAGCUACUCACAUGCAUACGUAUGCACAUGGAUGCGAAUGACUCCAAUCCCAGGCAUAGAUAUAUGUAUUUUUCGAUUGGUAUUUUCCAUUUCAAUAUCAAAGACUCAUUUUAAAAGAACUUCUUUAUUUUGAUUAUCAAAUAUAUACUCGUACAUGCACAUGAAUGGAAAUUUUGUAUUAUAUUUAAUAGU